AUGGUAUCUGAACAACCGGCUAUUUACCAAUUAGCAAAUACAAAAGCUGUUGAAGAUUGUUUUAAAAUAUUGGACGAACAUCAGCCAUGGCAUUCAGGGUACGUUGGAUUUGAUACAGAGACAACAAUUUUUCGAAAAGAUGAUCCACACAAAGUAUCAAUGAUACAAAUAGCCACGCAUGAUUUUUGUUUGUUAAUACAAAUAUAUCGAAUAAGCAAAAAUAGCAAAGAGCGUCCACAAUCACUUAUCAAUUUUUUAAAAGAUGAUAAAGUAUUAAAGGUUGGUGUGAAUGCGAGUGGUGAUAAUGAUUGGUUGGAAAGAUCGUAUGGUAUUCAGUGUGAUGGAAUAUUUAAUUUGGAUGCGUUGGCCAGGGAAAAAGGUUAUGUCGCGGGUUCGUUGCGUAAAUUAGCAGACAUGUUUUCUGAUCUGAAAUUAGACAAAUCAAAAACAAAACUUAGGGGAUACAAUUUUGAUGCUCCAAAGUUGAAUCCAAGUCUGAUUAAAUAUGCGGCAGAAGAUGCCUUUGCCUCAAUACAAAUUUAUGAGAACCUGCGUGCGAAUAAAUUGAACGAGACUUUUUUAAAUUAUGAAAAUAGUCAUCCAAUGACGAUAAAUGAAGAGGAUGCUGAAUUGAACAAACUCCUUGAUCGCGAAGAUUAUAUAAUAACAACAUUUGCAACACGAUUCCAAAGAUGGAUGUAUACUAAACCGAACUAUGAAGAUCUUAUGAAAGCAUCUAAUGAUGCAUUUCAAAGAUUCCUCGAUAAAGGGAUUUUAAUUCCUAUUACCGCUGCUGCCACUAGCAUUAUGGAUUUACCUGAAGAUAUUACAUCUAACCAAACUGCAGCGACUAGAUAUAAAAUCCCAGGAAUAGAUCCAAAAAUCAUUUUCUCAAGUUCGUAUAUAGAUGAACAUUGCAAUAAGAAAUCGUUAACAAACGACGAAAUCCAAUUUAUAAAGGCAAUGUGGUUAAUAUCAAUCAAACAAAUUAGUCGAGACACAUUAACUCGAAAUUAUUAUCAUCAUACUAAACAAUUAAAUCGAGAAAUGUCAUCGACAACUAUUUACUCAAUUAUUAAUUCAUUGGAACAAAAUGGUGUAUUCUCGGCUGGCAGUAAAACCGAUACAGUAAAAAUUGAUGAACUGUGGUUAAAAGAAUUAGAAAAUGAUUAUGAAAAAUAUAUCGGUACCGGCAAUUAA